AUGACUGACGAUCUUCUCCUCUCAUGGCUUCUUCUUCUUCUUCUCGGCCUCGCACGUGGAGAUACCGGGUCUUCACGAGCUUCCAUGGCCCCGACGUUCGUAAAUCCUUUCUCAGUCAUUUACGCAAACAGUUUAGCUGCAAUGGGAUUUCGAUGUUCGAUGAUCAAAGAAUCGAGAGAAGCCAAACGAUCGCUCCUGCUCUCAUUGACAAGGCUAGACGUAAUAAUGCCUAAAUCCGCCGACGUUUUAGGGACAGUAGUUUUGUCACUCUAUGUGUGA